AUGGAUUGUGUUGUGGUGUCGUCUCCUAUGAACACGUAUUCUCUUUCUGAAGUCCCUAUCCAGUCUCUUGCGGUGGACAGCACUCCUCCUUCCAUGGAGGCAAAUUCUGACGAGACUUAUGUUCUCACAGAUCUGUCAUGCAAUACUGCCAAUCAUCAGGAGCAGACCGUUUCCAAUGAUUGGUCCCUUCAACAUGAUUUAUUCGCAGACCUCGACUAUGAGAGACCCUCAACAUCCAGUGACAAGAAUGUGGAUUCUAGCAGAAAUGGAGAAACCCAGGAAGAAGACGACCCUACCUUCAAAUACUACUAUAUGUUGGAAGAUUCACAUGCAGAUGUACUGAAAAAGUUAGAAGAUGAGUUAUUGCGGGAGGAAGCCGAAGAGAAGGCGAGGACAGACGAAAUAGAAGCGAAGAUGAAGGAACUGGAGAAGGGCGCAGAGGAGUUCGUUCUCAUUCAUGAAUUAGAGGAACAAAUGGAUAAGCAUGCGAAGAGGUUGAAAGAAAUGAAAGCCGAGAAAGAGCGUAUUAUACAAGUCCGAAAAGAGCUGGCCAAAGCUAAUAGAGAGCGUGAGAUCUUCUGCUGUUUCGUUUGCAGUAAGGUUUUUUUCGACGAAGAAGAAAUGCGUGAGCACGUAACCGAGAAGCAUCUGGCAUUUAAAAAGGAAUACAAACUGAAGUGUUCGAAGUGUUACCGAAGGUUCAGUAAAAGACAGCACCUUUUCCGGCACGAGCGGACUCAUCAAAAUAUAUCCUUGACCUGCAGAGUUUGUUGCCGCGACUUUAGGGAGGAAGUCUCCCUCAAAAUUCACAUGAGCAAAGUGCACAGUCUAUCCAUGGAGGGAGUCAAAAUAGGCAAAGAUCACUUGUGCAACUGUGGCCAGAAAUUCGGCAUUAUUGAGGAGCUUAAGCGCCAUCGCUACUAUUGUCAAUCUCGAGGAAGUAUAGCAGAAAAACGACGGAAGGCUCGCGAAGAACUCGAUGCUAUGUCCUCAGUGACCUUUGAAAGCACUUCGUCGCAAUCGGUUACUAUGUCCUCGGAGUCGUCGUCUACGGUCACUAUUGGAAGUAGCUCCGGAAGGCCGGUGAAGGACAAGUCAUGCCCCAUUUGCUUUCUUGUGUUCGCCUCUAUGCAAUCUCGGAGACGUCAUAUCGAGAGAAAGCAUCCAGCUAUGCUUGGGAGCGAAGAGGUCGAACAAGUCUCGUACAUAAAGGUACAAUCGCCAGCGUUUCCAUAUGCAUGUGAAUUGUGCUCAAAAGCAUUCGCAUCUCAUGCUUCUUUGAGUACACAUAGAAAGAGAGUGCAUGAGAACAAAAAAGAUCAUGAAUGUACUAUCUGUAGCAAGAGGUAUCCUCUUGCGAGUGAGCUCAAGAAACACAUCAAACGUGUUCAUGAGAACAGUUUGACCGAAAUAUGGGGUUACGAGGAAAUAUCGACCGAGGCGGAGGUUCUGGUCUGUAUCGAAAGGAUUAAAAUUGGAAAUCCUGGUGGAUGCAACGGAAAUAGCGCAGAAAUGCUGGAAUAUCAUCCUCCGUCUGGGAUUCGUGAGAUGACAAAGAUCAUCCGUUCAAUGUGCAUAGACGAAAUGAUACGUGACUCGUGGAGACGCGCUAUCAUAGUUCCUCUCCACAAGAAGUUAUCCGUCACGGACCCUAGGAAUUAUCGAGGAAUCUCGUUGCCGCGUGUAUUGUACAAGGUUUUAGAGCGGAUCACCUUGGAUUGA